ACAGGCGUAGGUCCCCUCUCUGUAAGUGAAACGUGUCUAAAGCAUGUUCGUUGCGCCACCGUGUGGUGAGAGGCGACGUCACCGACGCAAAGAACACAAACCUCCAGUAUCCCAACAUUCUUGUGUUUAUAACCAACGGGUGAAAAUGGCGGACACCAGUAGCAGUAAUCCCCAGUCACUGGGAUUUACAGAGAAAUUAAAAUCCUGGCUGUCUUGGUCAUGGACCUAUGUGUGUGCCGUAUGGUUUGCCAUGGUUCUAACUAUGAUAUACGUGCUACGAAGUCCUCUGAAACUGCAGGAAACGGUCACAGCAGCUUCAGUAUUUUUGAACACCCUGACGCCCAAGUUCUAUGUAGCGCUUACUGGAACAUCCUCACUCAUCUCUGGCCUUAUCUUGAUCUUUGAGUGGUGGUACUUCAGGAAGUAUGGCACAUCCUUUAUUGAGCAGGUGUCAGUGAGCCACCUGCGCCCUCUGCUGGGGGGAGUGGAGAACAGCAGCUCCUCAGGAGGCCUUUUCUCCCCUGUCAAUGGAUCUGCUGAACCCAGGCCCAGUGUGUCAGAGUGCAAAGUGUGGCGAAAUCCACUGAACCUAUUCAGGGGAGCAGAGUAUAACAGGUACACUUGGGUGACCGGUAAAGAGCCGCUGACGUACUACGACAUGAACCUGUCUGCUCAGGACCAUCAGACCUUCUUCAGCGUAGACACACAGCAGCUUAGACCAGAGGACGCAGGUCAGUGCGUGGUGAUGCAGAAAGCCUGGAGGGAGAGGAACCCACAGGCCCGCAUCCGAGCCGCCUACCAGGCCAUCGAGCUGAACCCAGAUUGUGCGGCAGCCUACGUGCUUCUGGCAGAAGAGGAGGCCACCACAAUCACAGAGGCAGAGCGACUCUUCAAACAGGCACUCAAGAGUGCUGGCAGAGACACCAACCUCCUGGUAUACAUCAAGCGGCGGCUCGCCAUGUGCGCCCGCAAGCUGGGCCGCAUCAAAGAAGCCGUCAAGAUGAUGAGAGACCUAAUGAAAGAGUUUCCAUUAUUGGGGAUGUUAAAUAUCCACGAGAACCUUCUAGAAUCUCUGCUGGAACUCCAGGCAUACGCUGACGUGCAAGCAGUACUGGCAAAAUAUGAUGACAUAAGUUUGCCAAAAUCAGCGACGAUAUGCUACACAUCAGCGCUGCUCAAAGCACGGGCAGUAUCAGAUAAGUUCUCUCCUGAGGCAGCCUCGAGGCGAGGUCUCAGCACAGCAGAGAUGAAUGCAGUAGAGGCCAUACACAGAGCUGUGGAGUUUAACCCACACGUACCAAAGUAUUUAUUAGAGAUGAAGAGUCUGAUCCUGCCUCCAGAGCACAUCCUGAAGCGGGGGGACAGUGAGGCCGUGGCCUACGCCUUCUUCCACCUGCAGCACUGGAAAAGGGCAGAGGGAGCCUUAAACCUGCUGCACUGCACCUGGGAGGGCACCUUCCGGAUCAUUCCAUACCCUCUAGAAAAGGGCCAUCUAUUCUACCCGUACCCAGGCUGCACGGAGACGGCAGACCGGGAGCUGCUGCCCUCGUUCCAUGAGGUGUCGGUGUACCCUAAGAAGGAGCUGCCCUUCUUUAUCCUCUUCACUGCGGGCCUCUGCUCCUUCACUGCCAUGCUGGCCAUGCUCACACACCACUUCCCAGAGCUCAUGGGGGUCUUUGCCAAAGCCUUCUUCAGCACUCUCUUCGCACCCCUGGGGUUCUUCGCAGACAAGAUUGAAGGUUUCAUGUUGACGCGGAUCUGACGCCAUUUGCAAGCUCCCCACAUACACUCUCAUACACCCUGACAGACACACGCACACAAAAAAAAAAAACACUCCACUGAAAUAGGCCCUACAGAAAUACAAUACACACCAGACAACAUGUUGAAAGGGCCAAACCUCCCUCCGUGCACACACACACACACACACACACACACACACCCACACACACCCACACUCACACACACAGACAAUAUUUUGACUUCUGUCCUCUGUUUGCUGUGAAGCUGGGCUUGUAUGUUUGCCGCCUCAUCUACACAUGAAAAGCCAGUCUUCUUCUUUGGGAGGAUUUUACGAGAAAGAAAAAGGUAAAAUAAUUUCUCAGUGAGCCACAACUAGAACCCCAUCCUGCAUUCUCCAACUCCCCCUUUUGUUAUGUUCAAAAAGCUUCCGAAUGCUAAAAGCACAACACCAAUAACACAUCGGCAUACUUCCACCCUCCUGGUCUACGAGGAAGCACUUUUCGCUUUUGAUACGAAGGUAGCCGAACUCCAGCGAGAAGUAGCGACUGGAAAAUAUCUGCUCCCCACCCAGGACCUUGUAGAUCUGGUCCUGAUCCUUAAGAUGCAGUCUGGGAAUGAAGAGGGCCCCACACAGCCCUCACACCCAGUGCCCACGUGCACACUGAUAGUCUUAAGCCCUCUCUAUAAACCUGCGUGCCUGUUCCCUCUCCACCAUAUUCCAGAGCAACGGUGUUCCUGUUAAAGGCCAACGCCGUGGCGGCUGAGGCGGGCGCAGGGCAGGCCCACUUACGGACGGGACCAGAACCUGCUGUGUGGGAGGAGAAGAGAGUCAGCUGGAGCAGACUCCACACACACACACACACACACACACACACACACACUCACCCUUUCAUGCUGUCUGAGACACAAGACACAUCUUGCCCCCAAAGGCCCCAGCCAAGCCCGGCUCUACAGGCUCGUUCGUGAGGUCCUCUGAAGAAACAAACUCUUGAUUUACUAUCCGUCUGGGCCGGCUGUGUAUACAACCUUUCCGACCCACUACCAGGGGUUGCCGUGGAUUGAUGCCUUGGUACUACCUCACCGUGGCAACCUGCCCUCGCGGCCACAGCACAGCGAUGUAGAUGAGGAUCAUCACUUCUGUCACUUCCGUCACGGAACAAGCGUCUGUAGGUAGAGGGUUCCGCAGGCCCACAUGCAAUUGAAGUGAGGGACGGAUUGGGGCCUCUACACUGGAAGUGCACCAGAUCUGGAACAAGGCGGCCAUUUUGUGGUGUUCGGUCAUAACCAUCACAGAUGCCAGAUCAGGGGUGGAUCCGUAUGUCAGUUUGCUGUUUUCUAGGAUAACUGCCCUCACCCCUGAGCCGCCAACAGCUCUGGAAUUGGCUGAACUAAACGUCUCACCGAGACGAGACGAGACGAGACGAGACAUGGGUGUCUGAGAGGCAGAAUGUACAGAAGCUCUUUGCCUCAGAUGUGUCUCUGAAAUCCCUCUAGACAUGUGCCUUCCAUCUCUGACCCUGAUUGGUCGGUUUUAUUUAUUUCCUCCCUCAUUUACCCCACUGAGAUUGUCAUUUAUUUAUUCCAAACAUUCCCAACAGGCCUUAAACUGGCACUAUGAUGCCGUUUUAUACUGAGGACAGAAGUCAAACUAUUGUAAUUGUAGCAUUGAAACAUUUUAAAAAGUGAAAUGGAGGUCUGAUCUCAACUCCAAGAGGAAAUGUCUUACUGUCUAAUGGCAGGCUUAACAUCGACAGUCGUCGUAAUCAAUGGUAUUGUUUGCUGAACAGCUGACAAUAAAGUGGUGCUUAAAAAACA